AUGGCAAUCGGGUAUAUCCUUGGCCUCCUUGCCCAGACACGAUUGGGUUUCGCGUCUAAAACCUCCAUAAGCUCGGGUUGCAGCCAAGCAUGCUCUCAACUCAUGGUGGAAUUCGGCUCCGCCGUCCAUCUAGGUAACAACGAUUCCUCCUUCGCGAUAUGGGACAUGAAGCAGCAGGAAGUUGUUCCCGCCUGCCGUGUAGAGCCAACCACCGCUUCUCAGGUCUCGAGAGUCGUCGCGAUCACUGUGGCUAAUUGGUGCCGCUUCGCGAUCAAGGGCGGCGGACACAUGACGAACCUGGAUGCCUCCAACUCAGUCGGCGGUAUCACGAUCGACUUGCACCUUAUGGACCACGUUGAGAUCUCAGAAGACCGCACCAAAGCUAAUCUCGGUCCUGGUCAUGUUCUUCGCGACGCUUAUUUAGCACUGGAGAAGCACAAUCUUACGAUGGUGGGUGGAAGAACUGCAGAUGUUGGACUCCCUGGAUUCACGAUAGGUGGUGGACUCUCUGAUCUCGGACCGCAAUACGGCCUAGCUGUGGAUAAUGUGUGGGAGUACCAAAAGUGGGGUGGUGCAAGGACCUAUCAUAUCAACUUCACCGAUCAGCUCGUCGAUCAGUCUUAUCAACUCGCGACCAGCUUGUCUACUGACACAUACAUGUCCUUCUGGACUCGCAACUCUUACGAUGUUGCCACCGACCGAUUCAGCAUAAGCGUUUCGCAAGCGUACUAUGAACCUGUCAUUGAACCUCCUGUCUUCACUGAGUUGAACAAAAUCCCAUAUGAGACGAGCAAUCUUCGAGUCGAUUGGAUGAGCAACCACAGUCUGGAUAGCGUUUCCCCGCAUGGACUACGUCGCGUUUAUGCUUCUAUCACGUUCCGGCCCUCCCGUGUUCUGCACAAACAAUUGAUCAAGAUCUACUCGGAAGAGGUUGUGGGUGUCAAGACCACUCCAGGUCUUUCAUCGUCGCUUGUUGUUCAGGCCUUGCACAAGAACGCCAUCGAUGCCAUGAAAGUUCGGGGAGGAAACGCUCUUGGCGUCGAGUCUGAUGGGCCACUGAUGAUUGCCCUUCUCACUCUUGGAUGGUCUAGCUCGGGGGAUGAUGCGGCCAUGUAUGCCUACGCCGACCGCAUCAUUAACCGAGGCAAGGCAGAAGCCGAGUCAAUGGACCUGCUGCAUCCAUGGUUGUACAUCAACUAUGCGAACCAUAACCAAGAUCCGUUCACAGGUUAUGGCGAGAAGAACAAGAAGAGACUCCAAGAAAUCCAGAAAUCGAUUGACCCGAGGGGCAUUUUCACCUCCCAGGGCCUGGUUAGGGGAUCCUUCAAGCUUAACUGA